CAGGGAUAAAGCUUCUCUCUGACCAGCCUCCCUGAGCUAAGACAGAAGAAUAAUCAGAAAGGGAAAGGGACGAGGACAGAGGAGGACAGGCAACUUGUGGACAUCCAUCUCUUCUUAAAAAAAGGGGGAAAAGGUAGCCACAUCAGAAAGAUUGCUCAACAUGUUUUUUCAGCAAGCUCCAAGCUCUCCUUCUCCUGAAGGCAACAUGGCUACACAGUUUGUCUAUGACCUCUUAGGGGAAAAUGCUUGGCUCUACAUCACUGCUACUUUCGUGGUGUUGUGGUUUGUCAUUUGGUUAUACAGAGACAGCCUGGAGAUUGAAAGCAUCACUGACAAGUAUGUCUUUGUGACCGGCUGCGACUCGGGGUUUGGAAACCUGCUGUGUAAGAAGCUUGACCGCAAAGGUUUCCGUGUGCUGGCUGGUUGUCUCACAGAGAAGGGAGCUGAUGAUCUCAAAAGAGUAGCAGGGCCUCAACUCAAGACAGUCCUGCUGGAUGUUACCAGUCAGGACAGCAUCCAAAAAGCCAUGGAGUGGACCAAGAAGGAGGUCGGCGAAAACGGACUUUGGGGUAUCGUGAACAAUGCUGGCCGCUCGUUACCAAUGGGUCCUUCAGAGUGGAUGAAAGUGGAGGAUUUCCACAGCACGCUGAAAGUAAACAUGAACGGAGUGAUCGGCAUGACAAUGACCUUCCUGCCUCUCAUCAAAAAGGCCCGCGGCCGUAUUGUAAACGUAGCAUCAGUGCUGGGUAGGGUGGCUGCAAACGGUGGUGGAUAUUGCAUCUCCAAGUUUGCAGUGGAGUCUUUCUCUGACUGCCUCAGGAGAGACAUCAACUACUUUGGGAUCAACGUGUGCAUCAUUGAGCCGGGCUUUUUCAAGACUGCAGUGACGAGCCUGAAGCCCAUCGAGAGGGAGCUGCAUCGACUGUGGAACCAGCUCAGCCCUGAGGUGAAAGCCAGCUAUGGAGACAAGUACCUCGAUAAGUAUAUCGCCGUCCAGCGUCUGAUCAUGAAUGCUGUGUGUGACUCUGACCUCAGCAAGGUGACCGACUGCAUGGAGCAUGCCGUGACUGCUGCCUACCCACGCACCAGAUACAGCGCCGGCUGGGAUGCCAAGCUUCUCUGGAUCCCCCUGUCUUACAUGCCUUCCUGUGUCAUUGACAUUGGACUAAAGCUGGUGCUGCCACGUCCUUCAAAGAGCGUGUAACUUGGGAUGACUUUGAAGUAAUGUCUUCAACGUUAUCAGCCUUUUUAUGUCAUUUUGAUGGAGUACAGGGGAUGACAUUAAAAGAAAAAUCAUCUUUUUUUCCUUUAAAAAAAAAAAUCCACAUUCCUUAUCUACUUUGACAUUGCUGUUAUUAUAUUUAUAUGGCACAAUCUGCCUUGGUAUUACAGUUUUUUUUUCUUCUCUAACGUCUACUUGGCACUUCUAGAAAAUGUAAGAGAAAUUAUUAGAAAAAUGUACUGUAUACAUGUAAUUUUGCUCUACAAUAUACUGUGCCUUUUAACAUUUAUUUAUGUUGCCUUGAACUGAAUCUCUUAACUAUCAGUGGCUUAAAAAAGAGCAUUUUACUACAAAGAAACAGUGUUUCUCAAAAUGUUAUUAUAAUGAGCUUAUAGAGGACACAAAUAAAAGAAAAUGCUGGAAGCCAUGACCAAAUGUGUACUCUUGAGUUACAGCGAUGGGCAGCAACAUCACAGUGGUUACUAACAGCUAUGUGAAUGUGAAUAAAGAUACAUAUAUGAAAAAAAA